GGGCUCCGGGAGUGCACAGCCGUGGCCCCCAGCUAGGAGGAUGGGAAAAGCCGCGGAAGCCCAGGAUGCCGGCGAGGCGGCACGGCGGCGCCCACUGUCAUCGCAGGUAACAAGACUGGAUUUUGUGAACAGAUAGAUAUGUUUUUAAAUAGAUUCCUCUGAUCCUCUGGAAGCAUUGUGGAAAGAUGCUGACCAUCUUUCUGAAGUAGAAUCUCCAUGGCCUGAACAUUUCUUGAGCAAAAUAUCUGAUUGAUAACAAGGCAGCCACAUCAAGAUGGUUGGGAAACUGAAGCAGAACCUACUACUGGCCUGUCUGGUGAUUAGCUCCGUGACGGUGUUUUACUUGGGCCAGCAUGCCAUGGAGUGCCAUCACCGAAUAGAGGAGCGUAGCCAGCCAGUCAGAUUGGAGAACACAAGAAGUACCAUGCGAUCUGGCUUGGACAUCAAAAUCAACAAAACCGUUGCCUAUCACAAAGAUAUGCCUUUAAUAUUUAUUGGAGGUGUGCCUCGGAGUGGAACCACACUCAUGAGGGCCAUGCUAGAUGCACACCCAGAUAUUCGCUGUGGAGAAGAAACCAGGGUCAUCCCUCGCAUCCUGGCCCUGAAGCAGAUGUGGUCCCGGUCCAGUAAAGAGAAGAUCCGCCUAGACGAGGCUGGUGUCACUGACGAAGUGCUGGAUUCGGCCAUGCAAGCCUUCCUACUGGAGAUCAUUGUCAAGCAUGGCGAACCUGCCCCAUAUUUAUGUAACAAAGAUCCUUUUGCCCUGAAAUCCUUGACUUACCUUGCUAGGUUAUUCCCCAAUGCCAAAUUCCUCCUGAUGGUCCGGGAUGGCCGGGCAUCAGUACAUUCAAUGAUUUCUCGAAAAGUUACUAUAGCUGGAUUUGACCUGAACAGCUACAGGGACUGUUUGACCAAGUGGAACCGUGCCAUAGAGACCAUGUAUAACCAAUGCAUGGAGGUUGGUUAUAAAAAGUGCAUGUUGGUGCACUACGAACAGCUCGUUUUACAUCCUGAACGGUGGAUGAGAACACUCUUAAAAUUCCUCCACGUUCCCUGGAACCAGUCAGUAUUACACCAUGAAGAAAUGAUUGGGAAAGCUGGGGGAGUAUCACUGUCAAAAGUGGAGAGAUCGACAGACCAGGUCAUCAAGCCUGUCAACGUGGGGGCUCUGUCAAAGUGGGUUGGGAAGAUCCCUGCAGAUGUUUUACAGGACAUGGCAGUGAUUGCGCCCAUGCUUGCCAAGCUUGGAUAUGACCCAUACGCCAAUCCUCCUAACUACGGGAAGCCAGACCCCAAGAUCCUUGAAAACACCCGAAGGGUCUAUAAAGGAGAAUUUCAACUACCUGACUUUCUUAAAGAAAAACCCCAGACUGAGCAAGUGGAGUAGUAGUGGAGCCUGGACGCUGUCACAGUGAGGGAAGACUACUGCUGUCCCCUGCUGAUGUCUCCUGUUCUCCUGCCACUGAGGGAGGAGGUGCUGCUCACAUGGGCAUGCUGACUGAUUCCAAGGACGCCCAUAGACCAUGGAGGAGGAGCCCAGAGGGGACGCCUGCUUCGGUUGGAACUGCUCUUAUCCUUACCGGAUUCCAAACUUGGAUUUCAAGGGGAGGGUUUACAAAUCUCAUUCUGUAAGCAAAAAUUGGGAUGUUUCAUUUUGGAAUAGGUUGUCUAUACACGUUCCAAUGUUUUGUAGAACACCUGUGCCUGUUUAAAUGUAUUGCUGUGGAUAAUAUCAAAUGUCUUAAUUAUUUAAAUAAUUACUUGUAUUGUUUCUGAGAAGUUGGGAAACUACCGUAUACAUUUACAACUUAAUGACUUUUGUAUUUUAUUUUUCAAAAUAAAAGCUUUAAAUGUGAAA